AUGACGUCUAACGGGUCGAUAAAGCUGGGAGAGCUACCAUCGCUAGAGGAUGUUCCCCCAAGCGAGCGUAUGCGUCUUUUUCGCCAGAAGGUCAAGCUUUGUUGUGCACUGUAUGACUUCACGGACAUGCGCAAGCAGGUGCGCGAGAAAGAGGCCAAGCGCAACGCAUUGUUGCAAAUUGUCGAGUAUAUUUCGGCGGGAAAAGUGGCAUGGGACCCCUCCUUAGUGGCUGAUCUGCUUGAGUGUGUGGGUAGUAAUAUCUUUCGUCACUUGGGUCGUAGCUCCAACUCUGCGAUGAUCAAUGCCAAUGGCAAUGUGGAAGCUGUACCAGAAGAUGACGAGCCGAUGUUAGAGCCAUCGUGGCCACAUAUGCAGUUAAUAUACGAGAUUUUAUUACGUUUCGUAUUGUCAAAGGAGGUGGACUCUAGAACGGCCAAGGAAUAUUUUAGUAAGAAGUUUAUGAUUAAAUUGCUGAAUCUAUUUGAUUCAGAAGAUCCUAGAGAAAGAGAUUACCUAAAGACAAUUCUGCACCGUAUUUACGGCAAGUCAAUGGCUUUGCGCUCGUUCAUCCGCCGCUCGAUCAAUGACAUGUUCUACACUUUCGUUUACGAGACGGAAUCGCUACAGGGUGUGGGCGAGCUACUGGAAAUUCUAGGAAGUAUCAUAAAUGGGUUUGCUCUACCGCUGAAGCCCGAGCACCAGAAUUUUCUCGAACGAGCACUGAUUCCCCUUCAUACGGCAGGAAAUCUAGCCAUGUUCCACCAGCAACUGGCUUACUGCACCACGCAGUUUGUGGAAAAGGAUCCGCAAACAUCGGAGCCUAUUAUCAUGGGGCUGCUAAAGUUCUGGCCUGUGACUGCAAGUGCCAAAGAGAUUCUGUUUUUAAACGAGCUCGAGGAGAUCAUUGAGAUGAUUCAGAUGGAGCAAUUUGUGGCAGUGAUGCGACCAUUGUUUCUACGGAUAUCGCAGGCCGUGUGCAGCAGCCACUUUCAGGUCUCUCAGCGCGCCUUAUAUUUAUGGAAUAACGAGGCGCUUGUACGGCUUGUGAGCGCGCGACGGACCGAGAUUCUCCCGUUAAUAUUCGGGGCACUGUACCGUAACUGCGAAAACCACUGGCACAAUACCGUGCAAACGUUGACGUAUAACGUGCUUAAGCUUUUCAUGGAAAUGGACUCUCAGCUCUUUGAUCAGUGCUCGGCACAGUUUGAAGAGCGCGAAGGAAGGGCGCAGCAGACGACGGAACAACGCCAGCUCAAGUGGACAGCCUUAGAACACCGCUUGCAGGCGCAAGGACUGAUGUGA